GCACGGGGCCACGGAUUUCGGGGAACAUUUAUAGGUGAACACUAGCAGUUUCCGGCUGGAUUGUUUUGAAUUUAUUGAAAGCCGGGACGAGCUACUGGCAGCCGGGCGGAGAUGUCCACUCUGUUUCCGUCCCUGUUUCCUCGGAUAACAGAGUCUCUGUGGUUCAACUUGGACCGGCCCUGCGUGGACGAGACCGAGCUGCACCAGCAGGAGCAGCAGCACCAGACCUGGCUACAGAGCAUUGCUGAGAAGGACAACAGCCUGAUGCCCAUUGGGAAACCCAUCUUUGAGCAAACAUUUGAUGAGGAGGAAGAGGAGGAUGAUGAAGAUGAGGAGGACAGUGAGGAAGACUCUGAGGAUGAGGAGGACAUGCAGGACAUGGAUGAGAUGAACGACUACAACGAGUCACCUGAUGAUGGUGAAAUCAACGAGGUGGACAUGGAGGGAGCAGACCAAGACCAAGACCAGUGGAUGAUUUAAACCAGCGGACUUUUCUGUGUGUGACGCUAGGUUUACACCGUCUGUUGAGAGCCAGACUACUGUAUGUUAGGUCUGUGGUGCAGAUCUGUUUUAAUGUUUGUGUUGACUGGAAAAUAUGUAAAAUAAUCAAAAUCAAUGCUUGUAGGUAUAAGAGGUACAUGAGGUAAAUCCAGUUGCCCGAAAUUCAAGUGGGAACUAAUUAUUGUUUCUGCUUGGCACAAACUCACAGUGUUAGACAAAUACAGAGGUCGCGGUGUCAAGAUGCUGUCCUUGAUGUGUGUUUGUGCAUUUAUAAGAUUACCCUGAGUUGUGUGUUUGAAUUUGUUUUGUUUUGUUUUUGCAGCAAAGUGUGAGUCUGACACACUUAAAAGAACUAUUUAAAGCCGUUAAAGACCCCUCACGACAAAAUCCCAAACGCAAAGCCAUUCUUGUCCUCUCCUAUGAAACUGCAGCCACACACACACACACGCACACACCAUGGCAACAGUGCACAUGGCCCUUUAAGGGCCUCAGUCAUCUCUCUGAUUUGAACUUUGACUUGGCUGUAUCUUCAGUCAUGUAUCACAUCUCAGAGUCUCCACACCACCGACUUGUGACAACAGCAGCUCAGCCAGCUCGUCCACCUCUGGAUGUGCUGAUUUCAUAGAAUUAUAAUUAUCAAAACUGUCUUGAAGUGAUAGUUUUAAUAAUUCAUAGUCUUGUAAAUGAGCAUUAUUUAUGUAAGGACAACACAUCAGUUCUCUGAAAUACAUUUUAAUUAUGGUUUGUAACUCCUGACAGUUGGUAUAUUCCAACACUGUCCAGAGCCAACUAAAUAGAGAUACAAAGCUAAAGUUUAAAAGCAAGUUUAAAAAAAAUUUAUUUUUGGAUGCUAUGUCCAUAACUAACUCGGUGCCCAUUUAGUGUUGCUUUUGCAUGGUGCUCAGCGUUCCCGUGACAAACACCCAGAGAUAAGGUUAAUAGUUAGCAAACUAUAAUUUCACAAUCAAGUCAAGGUCAACCAUAAGUUCACCCACAUCUGCUUUUCAUGAAUCAUGAAAAUCCUUCCUCUGCUGAACAUUUACCUGUAGUAAACUACAGAAACAGAGGCAUCCUGAACUCAGAUGAAAUAUAACCAUGGUGUUUUGCAUAAAACUUUAGGUGAAUUUGUUGUUCACAAUCAUUUUGUAAAUGGUUAAUUAUUUUUGUUUAAAUAAACAUCUUGUUUAUAGACAGU